AGGAGACAGCGGAAGGACCUUACUGGCAAGAUGGCGGCUAACUUGUGUGUGGCCAUGGAUCUAGAGCUUGCUUGAAGCUGUGGCCUGUACCUUGAGGGGGUGGUGGCCCUGAGUCCUGGCACUAUCGCUGGGAAGGGCCGAGGCCAGCGGCUCCGGGGCCAGCCGCCAUGUCCUCCACCGUGAACAACGGGGCGGCCGGCAUGCCGUCCCCACCGGACGCGGCGAACGGCUUCCCUCAGCCGGGGGCCUCCUCGGGGACCUGGCCGCGGGCCGAGGAGGAGCUGCGCGCCGCGGAGCCGGGCCUGGUAAAGCGCGCGCAUCGCGAGAUCCUGGACCACGAGCGCAAGCGGCGCGUGGAGCUCAAGUGCAUGGAGCUGCAGGAGAUGAUGGAGGAGCAAGGGUACUCGGAGGAGGAGACCCGACAGAAGGUCAGGACUUUCCGGCAGAUGCUGAUGGAGAAGGAGGGAAUGCUGACCAGGGAGGACCGGCCUGGGGGCCACAUCGUGGCGGAGACCCCGCGGCUGCUCGAGGGCGCGGAGCCGGGCCUGGAGUACGCGCCCUUGGACGAGGACGACGGCCCGGUGGACUGCGACUGCCCGGCCGCCUGCUACCGCGGGCACCGGGGGUACAGGACCAAGCACUGGUCCAGCAGCUCGGCGUCGCCCCCUCCCAAGAAGAAGAAGAAAAAGAAAGGCGGCCACCGGAGAAGCCGCAAAAAGAGGAGACUGGACUCUGAGUGCAGCUGUGGGAGCUCCUCACCCCUGCGCAAGAAGAAGAAGAGUGUGAAGAAGCACCGAAGAGACAGGUCUGAUUCUGGGUCCCGGAAGAAGAGACGACACAGAUCUCGAAGCCCCAAGAGCAAAAGGAAAGAGAAGAACAAAGAGAGGAAGAGGCCACACGCGGAGUCCCCAGGUCGGAGGCCCCGUCGCCACAGCAGCGGCAGCUCCCAGAGCCCCUCCCUCUCCUCCCACUACAGCGAUUCCAGAUCACCCAGCAGGCUGAGCCCCAAGCACCGAGAUGACGGGCGGAAGACGGGCAGCCAGCGGUCCAGCGGGAGCCGGUCGCCUUCCCCGUCCGGCGGCAGCGGGUGGGGGUCGCCCCAGCAGAACGGCGGCAACAGACAGCGGAGCGGAGCGCACGGGGGCCGCCCCGGCUCGGCGCAAAGCCCGCCAGAUAAGCCCAGCUCGCCCUCGCCCAGGGCCCGCGACCAGGCGGAGGCCGGCGCAGCCACGCCGCCCGCGCGGGGCAAGGAGAGCCCGAGCCCGCGCUCGGCUCCGUCGUCGCAGGGCAGAGGAGGCCGCGCGGCGGGCGGGACGGCCAGGCGGCGGCGGCGGCGGCGCUCCCGGUCCUCGGCGUCCGCGCCCCGCCGCAGGGGCCGCCGGCGCGCCCGGCCCGCGCCGCCCCGGGGUUCGUCGCGCUCGCUCAGCAGGGCGCGCUCCAGCAGCGACUCCGGCGGCGGCGGCGCCCCCGGCCCCGGGCCCGAGCCCGGCUCCGAGCGAGGCCACGGCGCGCACGGGAAACGGACCAAGGAGCGGCCCCCGCGCGCUCGGCCGGCCAGCACCUCCCCGUCCCCGGGCGCGCACGGCAGGCACGGCGGCCCGGAGGGGAAGAGCUCGUCGCGCAGCCCGGGCCCCCACCCGCGCUCGUGGAGCUCCAGCCGCUCGCCCUCCAAGUCCCGCUCGCGCUCCGCGGAGAAGAGGACCCGCAGCCCCAGCCGCUCGCCGUCGCCCAAGAAAAACCUGGGCCGGGACAAGGACGGCGAAGGCCGCGCGAGGCACGCCGAGGCCGAGGCCGCCCGCGCCCGGCGCCGCUCCCGCAGCUACUCGCCCAUCCGCAAGCGGCGCCGGGACUCGCCCAGCUUCAUGGAGCCGCGGCGCAUCACCAGGUCCAGCCUGCCGAGUGGCCUGUGGCCGGCCUGGGGGCCGGGGGACCCCCUCCCCACAGGCUGCAGGGGAGAUGCCCAUUGCCCGAAAGCGUCCCAUCCCCUACUACCGGCCCAGCCCCUCGUCCUCCUCCAGCUGCCUGAGCAGCGACUACUCAAGCCGGAGCCCCAGCCGCAGCCCCAGUCCCGGUCACAGCCACGGAAGCUACAGCAGCCGCAGCCGCGGGACCCGCAGCCGCACGCGCAGCCCCUCCCGGACCCCCAGUCCCAGCUACCACAGCCGGAGCAGCUCAGAGAGUGGGGGCUUCUGAGCCCGGACAGACCCAGCUUGGUGCCCCCUGGCAUAGGGAGAGGCGAGGGGUCAGGCCCCAGGACCCGUGAGGGGGCCUGCACCCCACUGCUACAAGGGGGUCCCUGGGCCAGGGAAGACCUUGAGUGUGGGCGCCCUGCAGACAAGGAGGAGCUGGGUUCUGCUGCUUCUAGAGGGUCCCCACCCCCACCUCCUGCCUGCCCACCGUGUCCAGGGAACAAAGAGCCGUUGCGAACACAGGGAUCGCCCUGUCCCCCUUCCUGCUUGAUGCCAGCUCACCAGGCUGGGGACAGCUCGGUGGACCCAGGGACACCUCGGAAGGUGCCAGACCUGGAAGCCUCCCGCACCCACUCCACAGGGCCCUCGGCUCCUUUCUAUCAACGCGCAGACGAGGAGGUGGGAUGGCAGGCAGGAUCUAAGUUAGACAGAAGGAAGAACGACCUAACCCUUGGUGCAUCACCAUCCAAGCUGGGGAGCGGCUUCCUUCUGAGCUGGCUGCAGGAUCCUGGCUGAUGGCUGGAGGCUGGCCCCACAGCCUCCCCCGACCCCUCCCCUGGCCCAGGAGGACCCAGACUAGGUGGGCCCCUAAGCCCCAGCCUGAGGAGCCGGGGAGCUUACUCUUGGUCCCACCUCUCCCUUCCAGGCCAGGCUCUCCCCUUCGGCCCUCACCCCAUGCCCGGGGCCAAGGCCGCAGCAGCAGCCAGGCCUUCUGCAUGACAAGAGAUGGGAAGUAUAGACUAUGCUGCAUCCGAGCCUGACAUCAAAAGGGGUUCAGGUCAGAAGGUGAAGAGAGAAGAGGUAGAUGGAAGAGAGCCUGUGAGGAGUGGGAGAAGGCAACGCAGUCCGAUGACCGAGCAAGCCCUCGUGUCCCAGUGUGCCCUGUGUCUGGGACAUGGGCCAGAUGGCAGCACAGGGUCGCAGGUAUAGGAUAACAGGCACUUCGGGGCCUGCCCGAGGGAGCGCUUCCUUCUCGGGAUUUGGUGGGGAGGUAGUCAGUGGAGGCUACCCAGAGAGGGGUGCUACAGCAAAGGGUAAGAUCUAGAUGCAGGGCCUCGGCCUGGGACCUCGAGUGGCACCCCAACCCCCACCCCCAGCCCUCUUCUGCUGCUCCCAGCCCACUCCUCCUGGGGCCCUCAGGGAUCUCACAAAGUCUUCCUUGGCCCAACAGGGCAUCUGCCCUGGGCUCCCACAGGGGGGAGGGGUCUGGGGUCUGGUCCGGGUUCCCCCUCUCUCUAUUUUCCCCUCCCUCUUUCUCCGCGGUGCGGAUAAAAAUUGGACUCUAAUAAACACUCGGUGCCCGGAUGGCA